AUGCGUCCCAGCAGCUUGGCUGGAGGGUGCUGCCGUGCUUUCUUCCGCCUGCUGAGUUUUCUGCUCUUCCAGGGUGUAUACACAGCCCUUUCAAUGGAGAUUAAAGCAGAUGCCCAUGUUCGAGGUUAUAUUGGAGAAAGUAUCAAGCUGAAAUGCACCUUCAGGUCUUCUUCUCCUGUCUCUGACAAGCUCACAAUAGAUUGGACUUAUCGACAGCCUACCAGCAGUCGCACAGAGCCAAUUUUUCAUUAUCAAUCUUUCCAGUACCCAACCACGGCAGGCACAUUCCGUGACAGAAUUUCUUGGGUAGGGGAUGUGUACCGAGGAGAUGCAUCUAUUAGCAUAAGCAACCCAACCAUGAGAGACAAUGGAACAUUCAGCUGCUCUGUGAAGAAUCCUCCAGAUGUCCACCACAAUAUUCCCAUGACAGAACUGGUAGUCACUGAAAGGGGUUUUGCCCUACAACUCUCAUCUGCUGCACUGCUGUCUGUUCUGGUCUUCAUUCCUUCAGCUGUGGUGGUCACCCUGCUCUUGGUGAGAAUGGGGAGGAAGUCUGCUGGGCUAAAGAAGAAGAGCAAAUCUGGCUACAAAAAGUCAUCUAUCGAAGUUUCAGAUGACACCGAUCAGGGAGAGGAUGAAGACUGCAUGAGAAGAUUUUGUACCCGUUGUGCUGAGUGCUUGGAUUCGGACUAUGAAGAAGCAUAUUGA